CAAUACAAACUUAGAAAUGCGUAAACAUGAUGAGAAGGGGUGAUUUUGAUGAAAUUUUCUGCCGAUGAAGAUACACGAACUGCCAAGCAACUGCCUGUACAUAGCUAUAAAUGGUCUUUGUAACAAACGGAGGAUAGAAUGUAUCUAAAAACCUCCGUCCUUGGAUUAAUAGCAGUUCUGUUUAUUGUGACGACAUGCAUUUACAUUCGAAAUGGCUCGCCUGAUUAUGAUACCAAUGUCGCAUUUUCCAAUGAAGUAAAUACGGAGAAGCUGAUAUAUAACAUGGUCCCAAAGACUGGUUGUACAACACUUAUGUCAAUAAUUGAUAAACUUGACCUACGGAACAACUUUAGUACAUUUUACGAGCCAAAUAAUUACAAUCCACGCCUUGAAACUCCUGGUUCGGAAUUGGGUUAUGUCUUCCACAUCAACAAUGUCAAAGGACCUUUACUCUUCCGCAGACACACCUACUUCGUCGAUUUUAAUAGAUAUAAGGAGAGAAUGCCGCUAUAUAUCAAUAUGGUGAGAGAUCCAUUAGAACGCCAGCAGUCAUUGUAUUAUUACAUCAGGUACUUUUUCCCACACAAAAUACUUGAAGAUACUAUACCCUUGGAAGAAAGGCGCAUAAGCUUGUCAAAGUGCAUGGAAAUGAAUCUGAAGCAUUGCAUCAAAGAAGAUGGAAUGAUUCCUUAUUUCUGUGGCAACGAGGAAUUUUGCACAUAUGACAAAGACAAAAGUCUUGCAAAGGCCAAAGAAAACAUAGAAAGACAUUACCAAUUUGUUGGUAUCUCCGAGGAGUUCAAUCUGACGCUUAUAGCAUUGGAGAAGAUAAUACCCAGGUUUUUUGCAGGGGCGUAUGGUGUAUAUAAAGAUAUGAAGAAGGAUCUAAACGUUAGCCCCUCUAAGAACAUGAGGCCCUCAAUCGACAAAAGAGCAAGAAUUAAAAUCAUAGACAAACUUAGACACGAGUACGAACUCUACUAUUUCAUCAAACAGCGGUUCUAUGCUAAACUAGUCCAGUUAAAUAUCACUCCUUUGCAGUAUCUUGUUCAAGACAUCGACUGAUAUCUUUAACCCCUAGAUUUCGUUUGAUACAGGGUGACAACUUACAGAGCACGGUACAUCAACCAUUGUUCCGAAUUCUCAUUAUCAAUAUACAAAUAUAAUGUAUAUAAUGCGAAGCCUAAAUGUAAACGCACAAGCGAAAGAAGAGCAAAGACGAAAGAGCAUUACAUGAACACAAGAAUGGAGGGCUAAUAUGAGAGAACAUCAACCAUGGUGAAAAGCAAAUCCUCGAUAUCCGAAUCAUUAUCUAACCUUCCUCUCUACCAUCGUCCAAAACCAGUGAAUUCAAAACCACGAGCUGAGACACGAUAUAACAAGGCAUAUGUAGAAAAAGUGCCAAUAUGAAUACGCGUCAAUUUAGGUAAAGAGCAUAGUAUAUAAAUAGAACAGUUGGAAAUAUAAAGCAUCUUCGUUCUUCGUUCAUGAGGAUUUUUACUACACAUUAUAGCUAGAAAUAUACAUAAAACAAAAAGUUUCAUGCCAAUAAAGAAUUUAAGAUGGC